CGGGGAGGCUGUGAUGGGUUGACAGGUGCGUGACAGUGGGAGCUGCUCUCGGCACAAGCAUGUACGGCAAAGGCAAGAGUAACAGCAGCGCCGUCCCGUCCGACAGCCAGGCCCGGGAGAAGUUAGCACUCUACGUAUAUGAAUAUCUGCUCCAUGUAGGAGCUCAGAAAUCUGCUCAAACAUUUUUAUCAGAGAUAAGAUGGGAAAAAAACAUCACAUUGGGGGAACCACCAGGAUUCUUACAUUCUUGGUGGUGUGUAUUUUGGGAUCUCUACUGUGCAGCUCCAGAAAGACGGGAAACAUGCGAACACUCAAGUGAAGCAAAAGCCUUUCAUGACUACAGUGCUGCAGCAGCUCCCAGCCCAGUGCUAGGAAACAUUCCCCCAGGAGAUGGCAUGCCAGUAGGUCCUGUACCACCAGGGUUCUUUCAGCCUUUUAUGUCACCUCGGUACCCUGGAGGUCCAAGGCCCCCUUUGAGGAUACCUAACCAGGCACUUGGAGGUGUCCCAGGAAGCCAGCCAUUACUUCCCAGUGGAAUGGACCCAACUCGACAACAAGGACAUCCAAAUAUGGGUGGGCCAAUGCAGAGAAUGACUCCUCCAAGAGGAAUGGUGCCAUUAGGACCACAGAACUAUGGAGGUGCAAUGAGACCCCCACUGAAUGCUUUAGGUGGCCCGGGAAUGCCUGCAAUGAACAUGGGUCCAGGUGGUGGCAGACCUUGGCCAAAUCCAACAAAUGCCAAUUCAAUACCAUACUCCUCAGCAUCUCCUGGGAAUUAUGUAGGUCCUCCAGGAGGUGGAGGACCACCAGGAACACCUAUCAUGCCUAGCCCUGCAGAUUCAACCAACUCUGGAGACAAUAUGUAUACUUUAAUGAAUGCAGUACCUCCUGGACCUAACAGACCUAAUUUUCCAAUGGGCCCUGGGUCAGAUGGUCCAAUGGGUGGAUUAGGAGGAAUGGAGUCCCAUCACAUGAAUGGCUCUUUAGGCUCAGGAGAUAUGGACAGUAUUUCCAAGAAUUCUCCCAAUAAUAUGAGUCUGAGUAAUCAACCGGGUACUCCAAGGGAUGAUGGCGAAAUGGGGGGGAAUUUCUUAAAUCCUUUUCAGAGUGAGAGUUACUCCCCUAGCAUGACAAUGAGUGUGUGAUGCAUUACCAAGUCUCUUCAUGAAAACCACAGUGAGUCAGCCCUUCACAGAACUACUACGGAAGAAAAUUAUUCAUCACAGUGUACAGUUAAACAAAGGAAUCUCAGUCAUACCAAACCAACCUUUUUAUUUCCUGCUCUCUCCCCUAUUUUGUGAAGAAAGUGGGUUCAAACGUGAUUCAAGCAACUGUACGGAGUGGCAUAUUAGAAUUGCCCCAAACUGAACUGCAAAUAAUUAUCUGUGUAUGUAUAUGUGUGGGAAAGAGAAUGUAUUGCAUAUGUGUAUAUUAUACGGACAUAUGCACAUACGUACAUUGGCCCACAGGACAUUGUAAAAUAUCACAUGACAUAUUAAGUAGAAGUAAGUAGGGACUUUUAUUCCAUCCUUUUUUUCACGUUUACAUUUUAAUUAUUAAAAGUUGCUCCUGCCCCUCCCUGAACUAUUUUGUGCUGUGUAUAUCACUGCUUUAUAUAAGUUAUUUUUUAAGGUGAUCUCAGAUGUUAUGGUUUUGUAAAUGUCUGCAAUCAUGGAUAGGAAUAAAAUUGCUUAUUUGAGAGCUUUCA